CGGCUACUCCCUUUACUCGUCCUCAUGUAUCUAACGAACUUCCUGGAUCGUUCUGCGCUCGCACGCAAACUUGGCACGCUCGAGAAAGACCUUAACAUGGUCGGGACAGACUUCAACACCGCAACCAGCAUUCUGUUCGUUGGCUAUCUAUUGAUGCAGUUACCCUCCAACCUCCUUCUUACUCGAGUACGACCUUCAGUCUACCUUAGCCUGGCCAUGGCUCUCUGGGGCAUCAUCUCAGCCUCGCAAGCAGCGGCGCACUCCUUCGCAGGGCUCGUGGUAGCCAGGUUCUUCCUGGGCUUCUCGGAGGCGCCUUUCUUCCCCGGGGCCGUCUUCCUCAUGUCGUCAUGGUAUAAGCGAAGCGAGCUGGUGCAACGCAUGGCAUGGUUCUAUGCGGGAUCAUCUCUCGCGAACGCUUUUGGUGGCUUGAUUGGCGCUGGUGUACUGGGCAAUCUCGAAGGGGCGCAUGGGAUAGCAGGCUGGCGAUGGCUGUUCAUUAUCGAGGGCGUCAUCACCGUCGGCCUCGCCCUGGUCGCGGUCCUGGUGCUGCCAGACUAUCCUUCUACCACGCGCUGGCUAUCCACCGACGAGCAGGCCUACGCACAGUGGCGCCUACGCGAGGACACAGGCGAGGAGGACACCGCGGACGCCAUCUCGAUCAAGGAAGGCGUGCUGCUCGCCCUGCGCGACCCGCGGCUGUACCUGUUCACUCUGCUCCAGCACACGUCACUGCUGAGCCAGAGCUUCCAGUACUUCUUCCCAACCAUCGUGAAGACGCUCAACUACGGCAACGUGCAGACCCUGCUGCUCACCGUGCCCGUCUGGAUGGGCACUUUCUUCGUGUCGCUCGCCGUCACGUACACGUCGAGCCGCACCGGCGACCGCAGCUACCACAUCACGGCGCUCAUGCUGGUGAGCGUCGUGGGCAACAUUAUUGUCGUUUCCACGCUCAACACGGGCGCGCGCUUCUUUGCAAUGUUCCUCAUGCCCAUGGGCGCCGUUGCGGCAUACCAGAUCAUCUUGAGCUGGGUGGCCAACAGCUUUCCCCGACCCCUGGUGAAGCGCAGCGCGUGCAUCAGCAUUGCCAACAUGAUUGGUAACUGUGCCAACAUCUAUGGUCCGUACAUGUACCCUGCAAGCAAUGGGCCGCGGUACCUCCCAGGUGGCAUUAGCACGGCGGCGGUUGCGCUACUGGUUGCGGUGCUAGCGCUCGCGUUGAGGGAGAUUCUCAGGAGGCAAAAUAAGAAGCUUGAGGCUGCGGAGAGUGUUGAGGAUGGAGGACGCAUCGGGUUCCGGUAUAUUCUCUAAGUUUCUUCUGGGCAGGGGGCACAAUGACAGUCACAGCUUUGAAACGAACGAAGAGAGCGGCUGGCUUCAUAGUAGAAGUAUUUCCAAAUAUCCCAUUGUCUACAUCGGGGCUAUAUUCCCAACAUGCGUGCCCAUCUCUGUUUCCUCCUGGUUCAUGAAGCUCUGUAUCUCCGGUAUUGUCUUAUGUAUGUGUCCGGCAACGCAGGCAGGGGAU